AUGGCCGCCGUCUUCAAGGCCCUCUCCAAGGGCGCAGGCGGCGACAAGUCGAGCGAGGCAGCCUCAGCGCCUCGCAAAAACAAGCAGCGGGUUCUGAUUCUGUCCUCGAGGGGCGUCACUUUCAGGCAUCGUCACCUCCUCAACGACCUCGCAGCAAUGCUGCCGCACGGCAAGAAAGAUGUCAAGUUCGACUCAAAGUCCAAGCUUUACCAGUUGAACGAGCUGGCGGAGCUGUACAACUGCAACAACGUGCUGUUCUUUGAAGCGCGCAAGGGCCAGGAUCUCUACGUGUGGGCGUCAAAGGUGCCCAACGGUCCGACAGUCAAAUUCCACCUGCAGAACCUACACACGAUGGAUGAGCUCAAUUUCACAGGAAACUGCCUCAAGGGCUCACGGCCGAUCCUAUCAUUCGAUUCGGCCUUUGACAAGGACCCGCACUACAGGGUGAUCAAGGAGCUGUUCCUGCACAUCUUUGGCGUGCCCGAGGGCGCACGAAAGUCGAAGCCGUUUAUCGACCACGUCAUGGGCUUCAGCAUAGCAGACGGCAAAAUAUGGGUGCGCAACUACCAGAUCAACGAGGUCGAAAAGACCAAAGGGGAGGACGGUGAGGAGGGCGAGGCCAAAAAGGAGAGGAAGUCGAGCAGGAAGCCGGACGCCAAGGACACGGACAUCAACCUGGUCGAGAUCGGGCCUCGGUUCGUCCUCACCCCCGUCGUGAUCCAGGAGGGUGCAUUUGGCGGUCCCAUAAUAUACGAGAACAAGCAGUUCGUCUCGCCGAACCAGGUGCGCGCCGACCUCAGGAGGAAGAAGGCCGGCAGGCACCAGAUGAGGUCAGGACAGCAGGCGGACCUGAUGGCCAAGAAGGAUGGUUUGGGCCUGAGGACGGAUGGAAGCAAGAAGCAGCGAGAGGACGAGUUAGAUACCCGGAAAAUCUUUGCUUAA